CGCUGGAAAAUGGACUCGCCUAUAUAUCGCCGCUUAUUCUAUUUUGCGAUACGCCGAGGAAACGAGACGAAAUCGAGUUGACCGGAGGCCGAUAGCCGUGCCAGUAAUAUUCUCGACUCUCUGCUCGAAGCGUGUGUCGCGUUCGGUUUAAAAUAGCAAAAUAAUCCGAUAGCGGAAGGGGGAAAUAUCGCCAUUUUUAUCGAGUGGCUAACAAUAAUCCAGGAUAUUAAUCGCAUUCGACUGUUCGCGCUGCGAAAAUGGAACACACCGUCUAUCGUGCGUUUUGUGUUCGGUACAGGCACGAGCCCUUUAGACGAUUCGCCGAUGGAAGAUCGAGCGGGCUGAACGGUUACAGGUGGAAACAUGCCCGGGCGAUCACCGGCGAGGGCGUACGAGCGGCCCAUUGCGAGCGGGGGCCGCAAGCUCGCCGCUACUUGAAUGUCACCGCAGGAGGGCGCGGGAUGGGCGAGUCCUGGCUCUCGGUCUUACUCGCUGCCACGCUGACCACAAUGACGAUGACGGCGAUGACGAAAGCCGAUUCAUCUUCGACGCCGUCUCUAUCAACGACCACUCGUGACGACAUCAUCGAUUCCAAACGGGCAGCUAUUGAGGAAGCGCUGGAUGUGAUAGAGGCGGCAUCGACGGGUUCCCUAGGCGAAGUUUGCGUCAAUACAGCGGGAUUUAAAUCUCUCCCGGCUGGUGUCACGCUGGAUCCGCGGCGUUAUGACACAGCGCGUCAGAAGAUCGAUAUGACUGCUAUGGUGCUCCAAAAUCUGGGGGCUGCUGAGGCGAUGCGACGUAACGCUCUUUUAGAUGCUCUGACGAAAUCUCUGCUCGUUUCGGUGGACGACGCGGUGGAAACGAGAGUGAUUGCGCUGAACGCGUCCACUGAUACAGUGAUCACCGCAGUAUGGCUUAAACGCAGUCCCGGAAGCGUGGGCGAGCCUUCAAAGGUCGAGAGUCAUGCAUUCCAGCCUGGAUCGCAGCCGGAUACUAAUUUGCCGUGGUUCGAGAACGCAGGCGGUAGCGGCGAAUUGAGGUCACCGAAAUUCAUGCAGUCACCGCCGAUUGAAUCCUACAGGGGUUGGUGGACCAUCCCGUACUUCUCCUGCAAGACCCGCCGCUGGCUCAUCUCGUACAGCGUUAACGUGAAGCCACCGGAUGUCCGACCCGGGGUGCGGGAAUUCAUCAGUAUGGACAUCGACAUAAGCGGGCUGGAGAUAAACCAGUGCGACACACCACUACAAAGCCGCGACAAACUCGAGACUCUCCCGAGUAAUCAAAUCGCCUUCUUUAAGAGCACUCACAAGUGCCACACCGACACUACGCAGUGCGUGUACCAGGGACCCGGCAGCCGAGUGAACGAGAACGGGGUGGGCGCCGGAUGGGCGAAGGGCGCGUACGCGUGCAAAUGUCGGCAGGGCUUCUACAGCACCAGUCAUCAGCGCACGGGUUUCGACGGGAUCCUCGUGGAAGCCGCGUGGAAGGAAAUGAGGGAGAAUAAGAGUGAUUCCUACGAGAAGGUAUUCCGCUGUCUGCGCUGCGCACCGGGAUGCGCCAGGUGCAAAGGCUCCGAACCUUGCCUGGCGAUGUACAAUUGGCCCUUUAGAAUCACGCUGCUAGCCGUUUCCAUUUUCUGCGCCUUCGGUACCAUCGUCUUGGUGGCAUAUGUGUAUCAGCACCGUAAACUGAAGGUAUUCAAGGUCGCCUCUCCGAUAUUUUUAUCUAUUACGCUCUUGGGCUGCGCCUUAAUGUAUCUCGAGAUGGCCGCUAUAUUCCCGGUUCUCGACAUGUAUUCGUGCAUCGCCACUAAGUGGACGAGGCAUAUGGGAUUCUGCGUCUCGUAUACGGCAUUGCUAAUGAAAACCUGGCGGGUCUCGCUUACGUAUCGCGUGAAGAGCGCUCACAAAGUCAAGCUGACCGACAAGCAAUUGCUACAAUGGAUGGUGCCUAUACUAUUAGUGAUGCUGAUCUAUCUCGGCACGUGGACCGUCAGCGCGCCGCCUUACGCGGAAGUAAUCGCGGAUAAUCAUGACUUGAAGUUUUAUCAGUGUUCUUACAAUUGGUGGGAUCACAGUCUGGCUAUCGGUGAAAUUCUCUUUCUCGCCUGGGGCAUAAAGGUAUGUUACAACGUGCGAAACGCGGAGAGCCUGUUUAACGAGGCCCGUUUGAUAAGCUACGCCAUUUACAAUAUAGCCGCGGUGAAUAUAACCAUGAUAGCCAUUCAUCUCUUCAUAUUUCCGCGCGCCGGACCGGAUAUUAAAUACGUGCUGGGCUUCCUGCGAACCCAACUCUCGACGUCUGUCACGGUCUUCCUCGUAUUCGGCCCGAAGGUAAUUCGAGUAUUGCGAGGCCAGGGAGAUCAGUGGGAUAGUCGAGCGAGAGCGCGCGGCGUCACCGCGAGCUUCUCUCUGAACGGAAUCGGCCUGGUGCCAGAAGAGACGACAGAUUUGUACCAAGAAAACGAAGAGCUUAAGGAGGAGAUUCAAAAAUUAGCUGCGCGAAUCGAAUUUAUGAAGAUAGUGCAUAUGGAGAUGCACAAUAGACACAUCAAGCCAAAAGCGGGCGGUUACUUCAGCACACACGGCCACGGCCAUGGGCAUCCAUCCACCGGUCAGAGUCCCAUCGCCAAGAGUUCGACAGCUAGCUUUAUCCUCAAACAGACGGCUGUGGAGCGAGGUGCGUCGGCGGCCGCGGCCGCGGCGGUAGAGGAUUCGACAUUUCCAUCCGGGAGUCUGCAUCGAGCGCGAAGGAUGGAAAUGUUGAGAGAAAGAAAAGCGGAGAGAGAAAGGGAGCGAAAUAAAGAAAAAGAGCAAAAGGAACGCUCGCAGCAGGAGAAGCCGCAAUCGAGCGGCGAAAAGGUCUGACUAGUAAUUAAUAGCGAGGAGGUAUGGUUGUGACGAAGACAGUGUUCCGACGAAAGCGAGAAGAUAAAAAGGAUUUUACGUUCGAAGAAAAAGAGACAGAAAAAGUUGGAAAAAUUCAGGUUGUAUCCUCUAAUGGACAGGAGACUGCCCGUAUUUGUAUGAAACGCUGUAUAAUCAAAAUCGACAUCGCAAUCACUGUCUUCGCGCCGUUGUGAUAGCGAUAUCUUCGUGAUUAAUAACUAUAUGAUAUAUCUUAAAAUCACAAAAUAUCUCUAAUGAAUCUGACGCACGAAAAGCGAAAGGCGACGGCGACAGCAAGUAUUUCAUGUUCCUAUUUAUUUCAUAGCAACGAUAUUGAUUACACGAAUAUGACAUCUUAUUAUAAAUUAAUUUUCCUAACAUUUUUUUCUAAUAUAAAAUUCAACACAACAGAGAUACGAUGAUUAAUUGUAAAACAAAUUAUUUACAAAGUAGAUAUCUCGUUAUAUGAUUAGACGGAACGAUCGAGAGAAUCGCGAUACCGAGCUGUCACAAAUGCACAAAAAAAAAUGCGCAGACGAGUCUGCGAGUCGUCGUCGUUUUAACGAUAUUUCGCUUUCCGCAAGUAUGACGUCGCUUCGUUACGUGCAUUUGAUAGAAUUAUAAAGAAAAACAUGUAAUUUUCAGUUUUCCUUACUGAAAUGAUUUAUAUCCGUUUGUGGUGGCGCACGCGCGCGCGCUUUUGCAAAAAAAAAUAGAAAAAAUAAGAAAAAACAGCAUCACUGAUAUCCCAGAUACGUACAUUCGAUAUUAAGAACAACAGACAAAGAAACCCUUCUUAAAUGUUACAUAAGCAUUGUCGUGUUCUCGGGUUUUAAUAAAUAGCACCGUUUCAGGCGACUUUAUCACGCCGAAGUGAAACAUCGUCUUCUCCUGCAGGAUAUUUAAACACACGGUUUGAAUGUAAAUGUUAAUUUAAGCGGUAAUAUAAUACGAGUAAAAUAGGCGCGUACUUUCCCAACUUCUGAACAUUCGACAAGCCAAUACGUGUCGUUUAACGCACAUGGUGAACUGUUUUCGUUGUGUUAAAUCUGAUUUCAUUCAUGAUUUCAAAAUGCGCAAAAUAACUCUUCUUCGUGCUCUUAUUACUCUCAUUUAUAUUACUUUCAUCUAAUUUAUAAUACACUUUGUUCGUUCUUGAACGUAGUUGCAUUUAAAAUUGCGAACAACUGAGCGAUAAUUAUUCGUAACAGAUUGUAUAAAUGUUACAUGUGACAAUAAAGUUACACAAUGGGCUGUAAAAAAGAAAAUAUCGUCUUUGCUGGCGAUCGUAAAGUCGCUCGCAUUUUUGGCCCAUAAGAAAAUGAGAUAAAUCAAAAAGGGGGAAGAAUUGAAGGAAGUUAGAGUUAUAAAAUCAUGUGGUAAAGCGAUCAACAGUUAAUGAAAAACCUUUGCCUUGUUGGUUCACACUUUUUUAAGAGCUUACGUUUUCACGAUAGAACGCUGUUAUUAUAGGAUAGACGAUCGCGCAAAGUCGUGUGUUGACAAUGACCGACAGACACUUGCUGUUCGUGUCUAAGAUAUUUAUCGUAUGUAUAAUAUCGUUGUUGAAUAUAUGUGACUGAUGGAAUGACAAAGAUGAGUGAUAAAAGAAAAAUAUGUGUGUGCGUUAUACGAGUACAACAUAGAUAUAUAUAUUCGAAGAUAAAAAUUUAUCGAACAUAUUGAAACCCUUGCGAGACCCCCGUAUAUAUGGAUCGGUUAAUCCUUUUAUUUUCUUACGAUAUCACGCGAUAUCUCCGUCUUGAAAACACAAAACGAUUAUACGCACAUUCGUUCCACUACAAUAAUAUGUAAUGAGCGAUUAAAGCAUACUUUGGACACCGAUAGCCACUCCCGUCUUAUCAGAACACUUUUAAAACGUGAAGUAUUCUCGCCCGAUAAUUUUUAAGAAGAUUUUUCACAUUCUCAUGUUUAUCUAUGUAUGUUAAGAACAUACGAAAGUUAUCGAUUCGUCGAGCAGAUUGUCAAUUGAUAAGUUAGCAACGGUGAGUCAAUUUCGAGGAUCACCACGAAUCGAAUCUGUCGCGCGGAAGCCUGACCUUACACCCACGAAUCGAUAUUGCGAUUUGCACAGAUAUAUCUAUUUGUUUAAGAUGAUUAGCAUAACCGACGUGAGGAUUUCCAUUCCCGUUUCCGAGUGAGUACAAACGCGAUAAAAGGAUCUCGUUGCGAUGCCUUGCGCGCAAUAGACGUUCCGCGCUCGAUGUAAAUCGUAAAAUGCGCUGCAGCUAAUUCGAUAAUUCGUGAUUAAUAGCUCGUAAGAAACGAAACGCUUUUGGUGUUGCGUAUUGUAUGUGAAAAAUCCGCUUUGUUCUAAAAAAAAAGAGAGAAAAAGAAAAAAAGGAAGAAAAAGAGCGAGUGUCUCCGCUCUCUUAUAGUCCGUGUAUUCGCGUUAAAGUCGGCAAACGUUGCGAGUUCGAUCCAUGUAGAUCCUAUCUGUAAAUGGCGUUAUUUUUCUCAAUACUUUAAGGGAAAAAGGCAAGAUUUUCAGUGUACGGCCACGUGUUAAUUGAGCGAUGCGAAAGAAAAAUCUAACGCCUGUUUUCAUCUCUGCUCCGCCGAUCAACAAAUCAAACGCAUAUGUAGAACCGGACACAUAUUUGUAAAAAUAUACUGUGUGUCAGUGAAUACAAUAAUCUUUGGAAAUUAGUUUCCUUCCUGUACUUGCAUUUUCAAUUCGAGAGGGCAUGAUAAAUAUAUUUAUGGGUACAAACCAGUAAA